CUGGGAAAGAAGGAAGCCGCAGCUGGCUGGUUCCUGCACCGCGAUCUCGGAUUCUUUGCAAAUCAGGCUGCCCGUCCGUCUGGGAAAGCUGCCCUGCCCGCCAACAGAGACUGGGAGCUGCCGAUCUCUCUGCCUUCUCUUCUCCGCAGGCUGUCGUCCGUCUGGGAAAGCUGCCCUGCCCGCCAGCAGUGACUGGGAGCUGCCGAUCUCUCUGCCUUCUCUUCUCCGCAGGCUGCCGUCUGUCUGGGAAAGCUGCCCUGCCCGCCAGCAGAGACUGGGAGCUGCCGAUCUCUCUGCCUUCUCUUCUCCGCAGGCUGCCGUCUGUCUGGGAAAGCUGCCCUGCCCGCCAGCAGAGACUGGGAGCUGCCGAUCUCUCUGCCUUCUCUACUCCGCAGGCCGCCCAUCCGUCUGGGAAGGCUGCCUUGCCCGCCAGCAGUGACUGGGAGCUGCCGAUCUCUCUGCCUUCUCUUCUCCGCAGGCUGUCAUCCGUCUGGGAAAGCUGCCCUGCCUGCCCGCCUGCCAAUAAGAGACCACUCCAGUGUUUGACAACAGCCAGCCCAGGGCAUGUGAAUCCUUUCCCUUGAGGAUUGUCGCACAAGAAGUCUCGCGGGGGAGAUCAGACGGCGCCAACUCGCCAUGCCGGUGGAGACCCUCCAAGCCAGCCGUGCCAUGAGCACCAUGACGGCCACAGCCCCUUUCACCUCCGCCAUGCCCUUCCGUAUCCUCAACAAGGGGCCCGAAUACUUUCGCCGGCCUCCGGUCAGCACCUCCCGGAAGCUCAGCGCCGUGGAACGUCUGGAGGCGGACAAAGCCAAGUACGUCAAGAGUCAACAAGUGGCCACCACCAAACAAGACCCCGUCCGGCCAUUGCUGCUCAAACAGCCGCUCUUCACCCCCGGCGUCAGGCGGGCAAUAUUCACCCCCAACCGCAAGGUCCCUCAAGUGGGGCGGCGGGGAGAAGGCGGCGGGGCCAAAUCGUCCCUCAACUUGGAAAUACUCAAUAACUUGAUCAAUUUUUGCGACAGUCCCCUUGCCUUCCCCAAACCGGAGCUGAGCCCUUCGGACAGCCCGUGGAUAUCCAAGGUCCAUAGCCGGAAUCUGGACAACCUCCCUUCCACCCCUAAGAAGAAGCCCAUGACCGACAUGAGCAAACUCUCGCAAAGUUCAGCGUCUUCCAAGCCAUCCAGCACCGUAGCCGUCCGCCGAGUGGAUGUCCGGCCCUGCGGUGUGUCGCCGGCCAGAGGUACCCCCGCUAUCCAACUGUCUCCGCUCCCUGCUCCCCCAGCGCCCCCCAAAAACCUGCCUGCCACCCCUCUCAGCUGCCCAAGCCCGAGGGGAGAGCCGCGGACCGAUAGCGCCAAACGCCAGACCUUGUUACACCGGUCCAAAUCGGACUUGAGCGACCGAUAUUCGCGGGCGACGGCCGACUUGGAACGCUUCUUCAACUAUUGCGGUUUGGAUCCCGAGGACGUCGGAGACAUGGAGAUGGAGAGGUUCACUCGAGCCAGCUCGGAUAUUGUGUCCGUCAAGUUCCACAGCGUCAGCACCAGCAGUUCGGUGGGGACCCACUCCCGACGCAGCACCGUCACCGUAGAGGACAGGCAAGCCGAACGCAUGCCGUACGGGAUCUCCAUCAUCGAACGCAAUGCUCGGGUCAUUAAGUGGCUUUAUGGACUCCGACAGGCCAAAGAGGCGCAGAAGGUAUCCAACGUAUAGCAGCCGUCGGUGAGGGGGGCGGGUGGGAACUCCAACGACGAGGUUCGAGCCCCUCAACAUUGCCCGAGGCUCUUUAUUUCUGUUUGCAACUCAUCGUCUCCAGGACUCGUCACAUUAACCUUCAAAUCUUUUCCACCACGAGCGUUUUGGAAUCGUGCACGGAUUGCUUGCACUCUGUUCCCCAUCCAAGCUUGAGGAGAAAACUGUAGGGCCCUUGGUGCUGUCCGAGCUUGGCUGUUUUGCUUGCAGACAUUUCGUGACCCAACUUGGUAACGUCAUCCUUGCUAGAUGGGAGGGGGGGUUUUUUUGCUCUCUGUUUAUAAACAAGUGACUUGUCCUGUUUGUAUCGGUGGGGAAGUGUUCUUCGUGGUUCCUUUGAUAAGGCUGUUGUUUACUGUCGGGUCCUUGGUGGUCUCUGAGCUUGGUGGUUUUCUUGCAGACGUUUCGUGACCCAACUAGGGAACAUCAUCAGUGCUAGAAGGGAGUGGGGAUUGCGGAGAGGAGGAGGGGGACAAUGGCCAUUUUGGGGUCCUUGGGGGCUCUCUGAGGUUGAUGGUUUUCUUGCAACCAUCUCAUCACCCAACUAGGCGACAUCAUCAAUGUUAGAAGGGAGUGGGUUUUGUGCGCGGCCUAAGGCAGGACUAGAACUCACAACCUUAGAGAGCACCAAGGACUCCACCGUUCAUCCCUGAGGUACAAAUCCGCUCUUCUAUUGUUUAUUAUUUACUGAAAUAAAUAUAACUCAGACGUCCUUCACCCAUUCGAAAUUUUCCAAGAGGGGAAUCCGCCUCGUUCUCCGGUGGCUGUGGAUGAUGGGAGUCAGGGAUUAUAUUACUUUUGAAGGGCAUCUCUUCGAGGACCCUCAUUUCGAGACUCAGCGGGUGUCCUUAAAAACGGCACCCACCCACCCCCGUCCUCCCUUCUUUUCUCUCAGGGAAAGCCCCCCCCCCAAAUUGAAGUCGCCUCACGGAAGGAGGUUGCCAUGUCCUCCCCACUCUGAUUGUGCCAUAGCAGUGCCAGCUAUACGUCCCGUGCCACGUGAUCGUGUUUUGGAAGUGACAUCACGGGAUGCCCUUUGAGCUUGCCCACGAUGCCCAGGGCAUCGUCCUGCCGUCGGCAUCGCCCGGUUAACCCUCGCUUCCUCUCCUUUACACCUAUUGCUCAGGAGUGGGGGGAAAACUCCCCACCAAGACUAUGAUAUCAGAAGCCGAGAUGGUUUCUCUCCAAGGGUGGCAUGACACCCUCGCCUCUGGGAGCCGAGUUCGAGUCUUAAGGGGGGAUUUUUUUAGCCAAAGCAACAACAGCACCAGGGAACAAUAGAAGGCGGAGAGAGCUGGAAAAUCCCCACGUUUUAUUGUUAAGCAGGUGCAAGAAUGCAAAAAAAAAAACGUCUUGGCUUACGACCAAGAAAAGCUUCCGGGCAGAGCACGGGGCAAAAUCCAUGCCACCUCCUUGUAUGCAAAUGAGAGGUUUUUGGUGGGCCACUCCCACAAGAGGAGGCUUGUGGGCGUGGCUUAGGCCAGGUGAGGGACAGGUACCCAUCUGCAGGUCGGUGUUCGAGAGAGAGUCUAAAAUUCCCACUUAGGGUUACAGGCAAGUCCUCGACUUACGGCGCUUCGUUUAGUGACCAAAGUUACAACGUCACUGAAAAACGGAAGGUUUUUUUUUAUACGGCUUUGGACCGUUUUAAGCAUCCCUGGCGGUCACGCGAUCAAAAAUUUGGGCCUGUAUUGAUGACGGGUGCAGCAUCCUGGGCUCAUCCGAUUGGCGUUGGCGAACGCUUCCCAGCCAAUGGAGGAAGCCGGUUUGGCUUAACGACUGCGCGAUUCGCUUAAGAACCUGCGGUGAUUAUGCCGAGAAGGUUGUAAAAUGGGGCGAAACUCACUGAACCGUGAAAUUUUGGGCUCCAUCCAUUGUUGGCCGUAAGUCGAGGAUUAACCUGUAACUGGGCUUGGGGAUGAUGGGAGUUGUAGUCCCCCCAAGCUUGGAAAGUGCCAGAUUUGGUCAAAAUGCUUUUGUGAUUUUUUAUUUUAUUUAUUUUGUUUAUUGGGGUGAGUUUGGUUUUUUUUUUUUUGGCUUCCAAUUAUCUAUUGUCUUUUUUUCUCCCUUCUGGAGAAAAAAAACCCUGCUCCAUAAAAUCAGCCUGAUAUAUUUUAGCCAAACCUGGCCAAUUGUAUGCGAACGCAUCCUUUGUGUCUGGGUAUCUUCUAGUCCAGCCUCUCGCUACCCAUCCUUGUUGAGCGAAACGGAGUCAGACAUUAUUCCGGAAAAAAAAAAAACCCUGCCUCUUUUGACAUCAUAAGCCUCGUGCAGAUAGAAAUUGGGGCAAAAUGGGUUCUUAUUUUGCAAGAAUGGGGACGGCAGUUCAGAAGGUGGCAAAAGACAGGAAGAGAUUCCUCUCUUGCUCGGGCAGCCUUGCCCUAUGGUGUCAGCUGCCAGAUGUCCUGCGGACGGACAAUAUUUUUCUCGGAGGAGCUGGCUGCCCAUCCCAUUAACAGGCAGCAAAUCGAGGCAAAUUGUUUUGGGAAAUCCUAGAAAGUGGGUCGGGAGGAGACCUCAAGAGGUCAUCUAGUCCAACCCCCUGCCCGAUGCAGGAGCCCGGUUUGCUUUGGCCUGUGAUUUUAUAUCCUGGAGCAGACAGAAGAAGCCAGACGUUUUGUGAGGAGAUGCAAUUUUACGUCUUCAGGCACAGGUAGUCCUCGACUUACAGCCCUUUUCAUUUAGUGACCGUGUGGCGUUAUAACGGCACUGGAAAAAAAGUGACUUACGACCGUUUUCAUGCUUGCAACCAUUGAAGCCUCCCCCGUCGCUUCACCUGGUCAAAAUUCAGGCGCUUGGCAACUGACUCGUAUUUAUGACAGGUCGCAGUGUCCCGGGGGUGUCACCUGAUCCCCUUUUGCGACCACACUUAACGACCAUGUUAUUAACAGCUGCGCCAAUUCGCUUAACAUCUGUGGCAAGAAAGGUCGUAAAAGGCCCCCCCCGGCGAAACUCACUUAACAACUGUCUCGUUUAGCGACAAAAAUCCUAGGCUGGAUUGUGGUCGUAAAUCGAGGACUAUACUUAUGCUGAAUUUUAAUCCCCAGCACUCUGAAAUAUCUAGAAUCGCUCUUUGCCACCUCCAAAAUAAUUUGGUUUAUCGUUGCAUUGCAUAAUCCUUUUGACGUGUGUUGGAAGCUUUCAAAGACCUCCCCCUCUGUUUUUAAAUCUCAUUUCCCAAUAAAGAUGGUUCCCCCCCCCCACUUAUGGGGGACUACAGUUCCCAUCAUCCCUGGGGGACUACAGCUCCCAUCAUCCCUGACUGCAUUUUAGGAACCUCGAGAUCUGACGUCGAUAUCGUUUGCAGGACACGUAAGUUCAGAGCAGUGAUUCUGUAGGGAAAUAUUUCUUCAAAAGAGAAGGGGAAAAAAAUUGUUCUGAAAAUGUCUGAAUCCACCAUUGAGAGGUAUGAAGUGGCUGAGUUAGCACAAUGACCAAUCCUUCCGUUCAGACCAACAGAGUUUGAAGGGACCUUGGAGGUCUUCUAGUCCAACCUCUUGCUCAAAUACCAGUUCAGACAAAUGGUUGUCCAAUCUCUUCUUAAAAACCUCCAUUGAUGGAGCACCUACAACUUCUGGUGGCAAGUAGUUCCACUGACUAAUGGUUCUCACUGUCAGGAAAUUUCUCCUUAGUUCCAGGUUGCUUCUCUCCUUGAUUAGUUUCCAUCCAUUGCUUCUUGUCCUGCCUUCAGGUGCUUUGGAGAAUAGCUUGACCCCCAAAUUCUUCUUUGGGGCACCCCCUCAAAUACUGGAAGACUGCUAUCAUGUCACCCCUAGUCCUUCUUUUCAUCAAACGAGACCUACCCAAUUCCUGCAACCGUUCUUCAUAUGUUUUAGCCUCCAGCCCCCUAAUCUUCUUUGUUGCUCUUCUCUGCACUCUUUCCAGAGUCUCAACAUCUUAUUUUCGUGGCGACCAGAACUGGAUGCAAAUAUUCCAAGUGUGGUCUUAAAUAAGGCAGGAUAAAGCGGUACUACUAACACUUUGCGUUCUCUUGAAAUGAUCCCUCUUGUAAAUGCAGAUUAGGAUUGCAUUGGCUUUUUUUGGUGGCUGCUUCACACUGGCUGGCUCCUUCCCAUAAUUUGCAAUUGCCCCCAAACCCAUCCUAAUCCGAUGUCCUUAAUUCUCACUCCAUGUUUACAAUGGGUGGUUAAUUUCUCACAACCUCAACUUAGCAUGAGGGGCAAAUCCACCCGGAGUCUCGCCAUCUCAUUUGAUCAAUGACAUCACCAGUUUGACUUCACGGGACAAUUAAACAAUUGUUUAAUCGAUGUUUCUCAUUUAAAAAAAACCAAAAACAAAUGUUGGUUAAGAGUUCCCAGUUCAGCCGAGAAUCGUUGAAAUGGGUUGAUUUGGGAAUGGGCACAUUUUGAUAAGGCUGUUGAGCCCCCCCCCCUCUCCACCUGGAGAAUCCCCCCCCUCCCUUAUCUCUGUGGGGAAGACACUUAAGUGUGUAUUGCAUGCGAGUGUGUGUUUGUGGGCAGAGAUCCUCGCCUUGUAUUCGAAGAACGAUGAAUCUGCAAAAAUCUACUAUUUAUAAUUUUUUUUCUCUUCUUCUUCCCUCGUUUGUUCUUUCUAGAUAUUUGGAUGUUCCUUUGUUCUGGGGAUUUAAUAUGGAGGAAGUGUUGCGAAGGGGAGGGAAGGGGGAAGGAGGACACAAGUCUUGUAAAUGUAUUUGUAUUAAAAGUCUUGUUCUUUUAAA